CUUUUUGCCACGCAAUCAUCCUUUCGCAAGUUGUAUUAUCUAUCAAGUGAGACUAGCAUCAGGGUCUCGGCAGUCAGGUCCAUUGUAUCGAACAAAAGAGCGGCUACACGCGAGCCCAAACAACGCGUCGUUGGCCUUUCUCUAAUUAUGGAAAGAAUCCGACAGGUUCUUCUCACACCCAUGCUGCGGCCAGAGCUCUUUGCUAAAGGUUCAAUGAAACGCCCACGCGGGAUUUUGUUGCAUGGACCCAGCGGAGUGGGCAAAUCGUCGUUGGCACGGCAACUCGGCGAAGAGUUGGAGUCAAUUUUGCAUGUUCAGUAUGUGAAUUGUUCCUCGUUGCAAUCUCAAACAAGUAUCGUUGGGGAGGCUGAGCGAGAGCUGUCCCGUUUGUUUCGGUUAUCCGGUACUGCAAAAAAGCAAAACCGUCUUUUGAUUUUUGACGACAUCCACCUGAUAUGCCCCAGGCGUGGUGGCUACGCCCCAGGUACUGAUCAGUUGGCAUCUACGUUAUUGUCCUUGAUAGACGGGGUCGAUGGAAGCGAGGAUCAGGAAGUAUCCAACGAGGGACUUGUUCUCCUUGCCAUUACCACGAAUGCAUCGCUGCUGGACCCGGCACUGCGUCGACCGGGACGUAUAGACGUGGAAGUGGAAGUACCAAUACCAGAUGAAGCUUCAACGAGGGCGGAGAUUUUGCAGUUCCAUCUGGGCCAAGCUGGAGCAUCCCCACCAGCAAUUUCAUCAACUGAUUGGAUAUCGCUCGCAAAGCUUGCCAAAGGAUUCAACGGUGCAGACUGCAUGCUCGCUAUGAAGGAGGCAAUUCGAAGCGCCAUUCUUCGGAAUUUGAAGGCUACCGUAUCACGCGAAAUCUCUUCACCGCCUCCGAAUCCGACAUUUAGUGAUCUAAGUACAGCGAUUCGAGCAACCAAGCCCUCCAUUAUCAAAUCCGUCACGGUAGAAAUACCCAAAGUCCUCUGGUCAUCGAUUGGCGGUAUGGAGAGCGUGAAACGUGAGCUCCGUGAAGCAAUCGAAAUGCCCUUAACUCACAGCGAUUUGUUCAUCAAGCUGGGUAUACCACCACCUCGCGGAAUUCUGCUGUACGGACCACCAGGCUGUUCCAAAACGCUUAUGGCACGGGCACUGGCUACGGAAGGACAUAUGAACUUCCUUGCUGUCAAGGGGCCUGAGUUGCUGAGCAAGUGGCUGGGUGAAAGCGAACGCGCUCUCGCGUCUCUCUUCAAGAGGGCUAGAAUGGCCAGCCCAUCCAUUGUGUUCUUUGACGAAAUCGACGCAAUAGCGUCCAAGCGAGGUGCUGGAGACAGCUCCAGUAGUGGUCGGCUUUUAUCCCAGCUAUUAACCGAGCUUGAUGGUGUAACAAAUACUGUUGGAAACACGAAGCAGCGCGUUGUAGUCGUGGGGGCUACUAAUCGGCCCGAUAUACUGGACAGCGCGUUGACUCGCCCAGGACGAAUCGACCGGAUGAUUUACGUCGGGGUGCCAGAUUCGGACACUCGUGUCCGUAUAUUCCAGAUCACACUUGCCGAAAAGUCUUGUAGUCAAGACGUCGAUAUAGAACACUUGGCUAGAGAUGACGUUACCCAAGGAUUUUCAGGUGCGGAAUGCGUCGCUAUUUGUCGGGAUGCUGCUCUGCUAGCCUUGGAGGAAAUAGAAGAUACAGGUGAAGAUAUAAUUCCACAGAUCCGGAUGCAGCACUUACUUGAAGCAGCAGGAGGUAUGAAACGCCAAAUCACUCCCCAAAUGAUCGAAUUUUAUGCUUCUUUCCGUGAAAAGGGCUUUGCCAAGGUAUAG